AAUGUGACAUAUACGCCUAUCCAUCUCGAGAGGGCUUCUUUCACUUACGGGGAGGCACAAUGGUCGGUGUAAUAUUUAUCACUGUGACAGCAGGAAUACUGGCAGGGAGUUCUACAGACAACAUUGCCUACGACGAAUCAACAACAAAAUCAAGUAGUUUCUUGGGUUCGUCUUCUGCUGUAGACGGUUCUCAGUCGACCGUCUCAUCAACAGGAUCUUCCCUGAACUCCACAUGGAGAGUGGAAUUACAACACCCUGCCUGGAUAGUCUGGGUUGAUGUCAACGUGCCAGGGAAUUACGGAACGCUGGCAAUAUCAAUGACAACGACAAACAGAGACACGGACAUGCCGUGUGACGCUACGAACACUUGGAUCACAUCUACGACGCUGAGGAUCACGUGCAGGAACGUCGUCAACUCCACCUCCAUCACACUUAUCAGCACAGAUUCGACGGAGGCCGAACUGGGGUUGGUUGAAGUGUACGUUUACGGAGAAUGUCCACUUGGCAAAUAUGGAGGGGACUGUCGGAAUCUCUGCAGCAACUCCUGUGAUGAGGGCGCUUGUGAUCACGUGAACGACAUGUGCACGUGCGUGCUGGGAUGGAAGGGAGAUAACUGCGAUGGAUAUAUGUACAACAGAAACAACACAACCCACGUUGAUGCCGCGUUACAGCCCAGCAUAAACCCCUUGUUGGCUGGACUUGUUGGAACGGGAAUAACUGCGGUGGUAGCAGUGCUUGUCGCAAUAGGUGUCCUUCUCGCCCGGAGACAUCGACAACAAACACAAAGAACACGGGAACGGGUUUUAUAUGAUGACAUCUUUAAUGAUAUAAAUCCGGACGUGAAUGCGCAAAACACCGAAAGUAAAGAGAAUCAGAGCGAGUCACGUGGAGAUUAUGACGUUAUUGACGAGCCGCCCCAUAUACUGGACACGUACCUAACGGCCACAUCAACAUCAGGUGACGGAGAGUCACGUGGUGAUUAUCAGGGUGUGAAUGCGCAAAACACCGGAAGUCGACUAAAUCAGAGCGAGUCAAGUGGGGAUUAUGACGUUACUGACGUCACAUCACGUGACGUAGAAGAACCGCCCGAUAAACCUGACACGGAACAUACUGCCGCACCGACAUCAACUGAAGGCGAGUCACGUGUAGGUAAUCAAGGUGUGAAUACGCAAAACACCGGAAGUCAAGAAAAUCAGAGCACGUCACGUGGGGUGUAUGACGUCCUUGACGUCACAUCACGCGACCCAGACGAGCCACCCGAUAAACCGUAUACGGCCCUAACUGCCACACCGCCACCACCUGAAGGCGAGUCACGUUGUGAUUAUGACGUUCUUGACGUUGCAUCACGCGACCCAGACGAGAAGCUUGACAAACCCUACACGGAUCUAACUGCCAAAUCAUAAGACCCAAAACACAUUUCCCUUAAAACAGACAGGGAUCAUUUUAUGUAAAUAGUUCAAUUCCCUAUGUUUAGACACGUAUUUCGGAUAAAAUAAUCGAGCUAUGGAAAACUGUUAGGAACAAUGUCGUGACGAAAGUAUCGUAACGGAAAGCGUUGAAUGAGGAAUGUUUGGUUGAAGCCGGUGAAAAAAACAAAACGUCAACCGUAUUUGUACAGUUCAUUGUUACCCAAUGGCCUUCGACUGACCAACAGAUUAUGCGUAUGGAACCGAACGAAUAGUAUGUCAACCUCCCGGCCUCGUCAAACCAAAGACGUUAAACGAUGGUACUUGUUGUUACACUGCGUGAGGCUCUAUAAGUACCAUACUCUUGAACGAGAUUUUAAUCCCCAUUUCACCUCAGCACAUUCACUCUAAAGACCAUGACAACAAUGCUCACCUUUUUCGAGAACAGUGUUUUCACUGAUUUUUAGUAAGCCAUUCCUAUACCUUGGAUCAAUAUUGUGUGUUUUACUCCCUGUGUUCUUUUUUGGCAUAUAUUUGAGACUGAUUUAUCUCUUGCGUUGAUGUUUGAAAUUUACCCUACAUGUAAU